AUGCCUCUAAUACACCAUAUUCAAAGAGGGUACGCUACGAGACCCGUUCUCAGGGCGCCCAGUGUGGUAGAACAGGUCUCUUUAUCCUUCAAGCAGUCGUCGAAGGGGUCGCAAAGUGCAGAGUCCAUAGCUGUAGCCGCAGCUGCAGUUCGCCGGCCUGCGCCGCGCCGUCCUAUGCAGCACCCGAUAGAGGCCUUCAAGAGGAAGUGGUUACCCCUGCGCUGUGGUGUGCUGACCCAGAUAGUGGGGAUGCUUCCGUACCUCAACAGCGAGACUGGCGAACGCAUGGCAGCUACCAUCCUGCAAGUGAAUAACGUUGAGGUGACCGCGCACAGAACUUUGCAAGAAAACGGAUACAUUGCGUGCCAGGUAGGGUACGGUACUGUACGGGCAAGGAAAGUAUCGAGACAGAUGCUUGGUGUCUUUGCCGCAAAUCUCGUGAACCCAAAGGCCAAAGUCGUCGAGUUCAAAGUGAAGAACGAGGACGGGCUGCUCCCCCUGGGGACCGUCUUGAAGCCUUCGUGGUUUGAACCGGGCGCGUUCGUCGAUGUGCGCGGGGUCAGCAAGGGUAAAGGGUUCGCCGGUGUAAUGAAGAGACAUCACUUCAAAGGGUUGGGUGCCUCUCACGGUACAUCGCUCUCGCACAGACAUGGUGGUUCGUACGGUCAACAUCAGGACCCGGGGAGAAUACUCCCAGGUAAGAAGAUGCCCGGAAGGAUGGGGACGGACAACGUCACCGUCCAGAACGUACAGAUCUUGAAGGUGGAUGAUGCCAAUAACGUCAUCUGGGUGAAAGGUUCCGUUCCAGGUGCCAACGGCACUUUUAUCAAGUUGCAGGAUGCAAUCAAGAAAAUGGACCCAGUGGUCGACUAA